AUGUGGGCUUAUACUGUGGGCUUUACCGUCCUGCCUCACGUUGGAAGUUUCCUUGGCUGGUUCAUUAAUCGCAAGGUAUCCCCUGUGUGGUAUGAGAAGCUGAAAAAACCCUCGUGGUGUCCACCCCGAAAAAUGUUCACUGUUGCUUGGACCGUCCUGUACACCGGCAUGGGCUACGCCUCCUACCUGAUAUGGAACGACCUGGGUGGCUGCAGCAGCAAAGCCAUCGUCCCGCUUGGCCUCUACGGGGCUCAACUGGCCUUGAACUGGGCUUGGCCUCCCCUCUUCUUCGGUGCCCGCAACCUGAAGAUGGCCCUGGUUGACAUCCUGUGCUUGGACGCCCUGGCCAUAGGCACCGUGUGCUCCUGGUACCGCAUCAACAAGGUGGCGGUGCUGCUGAUGGGGCCCUACCUGGGCUGGUUGGCCAUGGCCACCUGCCUCACCAUCCGCAUCUGGAAGGACAACCCCGAGCAGCAGGCACAGAAGAGUGAAUGA